AUAAGGAAGAGUAUGCUGGGAAAUACCUUUGUUUCCUUCAAUUUGGUGGAUCUGAACUCGAAACUAUAUAUUAGGGGUGGAUCUUUUACUGUGCCAGUUAGGGGGUCAGAAGGGCUUGACAAAGCAAAUUACUUGUUUGCUCUCCAUGCUGAGGAUGUGUGAAUAAUAAGCUGAAAUGAUGGUGUAUGGGGCUUCAUCAGCUCCCUGAGUUUCUUUGUGUUUCUGCUUAGCGGGCAAAGUCUUUGGAGAAUUACGAGUAUGAAUUGUACAGUACAAAUGUAAAGCUGUGGCGGAGAUUGGGCAUACCCAAACAUGUAAAAGCAUCUAAAGCCUGUGAAUCCGUGUACAUAUUGGUGUGGAUUUUUUGCUGCUACUACUUGUGUCGGCAACCUGUUUUGAUCACAUGCACUUAUUAUUUACCCUGGAGAAGCUCGGCUGGCUGAUCGGGAGAUUGAGCAAGAGGACUGAGAUUAAUAUGAUGUAUUCGUUGCUGUUGGACGGACUCGACACCCUGGGCAUCGCUGUCUCACGAAAGGCCCCCGCGUCGCUCUCUCCCUGGGGCGACUCGGGCGGCGACCCCAGAUCCGGCCAGAGCGGCCGCUCCCUCCCCUCGCCGCCGCCGGCGGCCUUCGUCGGGCAAAGCCCGUGCGGAGAGCGGCGGCGGGCCAUGUUCUUCCGGCGGCCGGUUGCCGUGCGAGCAAGGGGACUCGCCGCGGCUGGCGUCCGUCCGGUGGCCUUGCCUCGUGGUGACGGCCGGCGUGGCUGCAGAAGGUGCGUGGGGGCGGAUCUAGCCGGCCGCGGCUGGAUCUGGCGCGGCGGCGGCUGGGCGCGACGCCCCGUGGAGGUGGCCGGCGGUCGCGGGGUUGCCUGCGGCUUGCUCGUCGGCGAUGGAAUGCUGGGGCGGCGGCCCCAGGACGUGGCGGUGUCGACGUGCUCCUCUCCCGUGGAGGUCGUCCGGCGGCAGCCCAUGAGGUGGCGGAUCCGGGGCCCUAGCGCCCGGAUCUGGUGUGAGGCGGACCGUCGGCCUGUGGCGGCGGUCCGGCAGAGGCGCACCGGCUCUGGUCCAUGGGGGUGGCGGGGAGGUGCGUGGGGUCAGGGCAGCGAUGGUGCUGCCCUGCGUGCUGGGCGGCCGCAGGUGGCCUCGGCGGCAGCUGGCGGGGGACUCCAUGGUGGUGUGUUGUUGUGCGGAUGGCCCAGAUCCGCGACGCCGCUGUGGAGGGAGAUGGGCUGCAGUGGUUUCUGCAGCCGGUGGUGGUUGGCGGCGGUGUGCUGCUCUGCGUGCUUGGUCAUGUGGCUUGGACGAUGACGGCCGGCUUGAUGUUGGAGACGGCUUGCUGGGCAGACUACGGUGAGAAUGGAUUUGGUGAGCUCCGGGCGAAAGCCUAGCUCGACCUCGGUCGUUGCCGACGUUGACGGCGUACUAGGACGUCGUUCCCUCCUUAGAGGCGUUGUCGUGGAGCCCCUUCACCACCAUUGUCGCCUCGGUCUCGGGCUCUCCAGGUGAAAACCCAAGUUUUCGACCUUUGGUCGGAGCGGGCGUUGGCGGCAUACUUGUCGCUUCCUUCUUGGGGGCGACGCGUUGGAGGUCUGGUCCUUCGUCAGUUCACGGUGGCUCGGGUGGCUUUGCGGGUUCAUCGUCGGCCAGGCGUGUGCGCGGCCUCGGGGCCGGUGAGGAUGUCGGAGCGGCGGCUCCGGAAAGCUAUGUUGUGGAGUGUCGGAUCUGGUCGCGUGGGCGGCAGCGUCGUCAGCUCAGGCGGAAUGCGACCUCGGGUCCGGCGGGAAAGUCGGAGCGGCGGCUCCAGAGAGCACCUCUGUGCUGUGGAGUGUCGGUUUUGGUCGUGUGGACGACAGAGUCGUCGACUCGUGUGGAGUGCGGCCUCGGGGCCGACGUGUGUGAGUUUAUGUCGUUUGUAAGCUGGAGUGGCGGCUCCAGGUCGUGUGGUGGAGUGGCAACUUUGGUCGUUUGGGUGACAGGGAAGUCGGCUCGUUAGGUACGCAGUCUCGGGGCUGGUGUGUAUCGAUGUAUCGAUUUUCGGCCAAUUUUCCUUAUAA